UUGUGACUCAUUGUGUCUGUGUCGAGACGUCGGGAGGGCCUAGGUCCGUGCGCGGCGCCCUUCGGCCGGCCUGAGCCCCAGAGUCAGCUCCCCUUUCUCGCCCAGCGCCCCCAGGCCGCUCCCGGGGCUCACGUGGGCCAUCUUGUACUGUGACGCUCAGAGUUUCAGACUGACCAGUGCACCCUUAAAAUAAUAGAAACAGAAAUAGUUCCAAAAUAGAUCAGAGAGCAUCUCCUGGGUCAGAAAGGAGAGCACAGAUCCUUCUUGGAUCAACUCAGUUCCCUGCACCUGAAUGAUGACUGCUGAAUCAAGGGAAGCCACGGGUCUGUCCCCACAGGGUGGCCAGGAGAAAGAUGGUAUCGUCAUAGUGAAGGUCGAAGAGGAAGAUGAAGAAGACCACAUGUGGGGCCAGGAUUCCAGCCUGCAGGAGACUCCUCCUCCCGACCCAGAGAUAUUCCGCCAACGUUUCAGGCACUUCUGUUACCAGAACACCUUUGGACCUCGAGAGGCUCUGAGUCGACUGAAAGAACUUUGUCAUCAGUGGCUGCGACCAGAGAUUAACACCAAGGAGCAGAUCCUGGAGCUGCUGGUGCUGGAGCAGUUCCUUUCUAUUCUGCCCAAGGAGCUCCAAGUCUGGCUUCAGGAAUAUCGUCCUGAUAGUGGGGAGGAGGCCGUGACCCUUCUGGAAGAUUUAGAGCUUGAUUUAUCAGGCCAGCAGGUUCCAGGUCAAGUUCAUGGCCCUGAGAUGCUUGCAAGGGGGAUGGUACCUCUGGAUCCAGUGCAGGAGUCCUCAAGCUUUGACCUUCAUCAUGAGGCUACCCAGUCUCAUUUCAAACAUUCAUCUAGGAAACCACGCCUUGUACAAUCACGGGCUCUCCCUGCCACCCACGUUCCUGCCCCUCAUCAGGAGGGGAGUCCCAGAGACCAGGCGGUGGCAUCUGCACUAUUCACAGCAGAUUCCCAGGCAAUGGUGAAGAUCGAGGACAUGGCCGUGUCCCUCAUCCUGGAGGAAUGGGGAUGUCAGAACCUGGCUCGAAGGAAUCUCAAUAGGGACAACAGGCAGGAGAAUUAUGGGAACGUGUUUUCCCAGGGUUGUGAAAACAGGAAUGAGAAUGAGGAAUCUACCUCAAAGGCCGAAAUGGCAGAAGACUCAGCAUCACGUGGAGAGACAACAGGAAGAUUGCAGAAAGAGUUUGGGGAAAAACGUGAGCAGCAGGGCAGAAUAAUAGAAAGGCAGCAGAGGAACCCUGAGGAGAAGACUGGAAAAGAAAAGAGAGAUUCAGGGCCUGUCACAGCCAAGGAAAAAAAAACAGCCACAGGAGAGAGAGGUCCAAGGGAGAAGGGUAAAGGGUUGGGAAGAAGCUUCAGUCUAAGUUCAAACUUUAACACCCCUGAAGAAGUUCCAACAGGAGCAAAGUCUCAUAGAUGUGAUGAAUGUGGUAAAUGCUUCACGAGGAGUUCAAGCCUUAUUCGCCAUAAAAUAAUCCACACUGGAGAAAAGCCCUAUGAAUGUAGUGAGUGUGGGAAAGCCUUCAGUCUCAACUCAAACCUCGUUCUGCAUCAGAGAAUCCACACAGGAGAGAAACCUCAUGAAUGUAAUGAGUGUGGCAAAGCCUUUAGUCAUAGUUCAAAUCUCAUUCUACAUCAGCGAAUCCACUCUGGAGAGAAACCUUAUGAAUGUAACGAGUGUGGGAAGGCCUUCAGCCAGAGCUCAGACCUUACUAAACAUCAGAGAAUCCACACAGGGGAAAAACCCUAUGAGUGUAGUGAAUGUGGAAAAGCUUUCAACCGAAACUCAUAUCUUAUUUUGCAUCGGAGAAUUCACACCCGAGAAAAACCCUAUAAGUGCACUAAGUGUGGCAAGGCCUUCACCCGGAGCUCGACCCUCACUCUGCAUCACAGAAUUCAUACCAGAGAGAGACCAUAUUCUUGUGAGGUGUGUGGAGAGAGUGGUUCCAAGAAAGGUAGAGAAUUAAUUUCUACUAAACCAACCCCAGGAGAGAGACGUUACAUCUGUGCUGAGUGUGGAAAAGCCUUUAGUAAUAGUUCAAAUCUUACUAAACACCGGAGAACACACACUGGGGAGAAACCUUACGUAUGCACCAAAUGUGGGAAAGCUUUCAGCCAUAGCUCAAACCUUACCCUUCACUACAGAACACAUUUGGUGGACCGGCCCUAUGACUGUAAGUGUGGAAAAGCUUUCGGUCAGAGCUCAGACCUCCUUAAACAUCAGCGAAUGCACACUGAAGAGGCACCAUAUCAGUGUAAAGAUUGUGGAAAAGCUUUCAGUGGCAAAGGCAGUCUCAUUCGACACUAUCGAAUACACACUGGGGAGAAGCCUUACCAGUGCAAUGAAUGUGGGAAGAGCUUUAGUCAGCACGCAGGUCUUAGUUCUCAUCAGAGACUCCAUACUGGGGAAAAGCCAUAUAAAUGUAAGGAGUGUGGGAAAGCCUUCAACCACAGCUCCAAUUUUAAUAAACAUCAUAGAAUUCAUACUGGUGAGAAGCCCUAUUGGUGUAAUAAUUGUGGGAAAACCUUCUGUAGUAAGUCAAAUCUUUCCAAGCAUCAGAGAGUCCACACUGGAGAGGGAGAGGCUCUUUAAUUGAAAUAUGCAUUCUGUGUUUUUGUUUUUUAAACUUUAGAAUAUGAAUGAUAAGGAGAAGCCCAGUAAUUGUGAUUUAAACCCUGGUGGUAGAUUUUGUUUCACUUGACAUCAAGGAAUGUCUGAGGAAUGAGAGCUCAGGGCUCUGAGCACCUCAGAGCUCAGGACUCUGAGCACCUCAGUAGGAGGGAGGUGCUGGAUUUCCUGACAGGUCUGUGGAUUCCUCACUCUCCUCCUAGCUGGGGCAGGUUCCCCUCACCACACUUCCAGUCCUAUAAAUCAUGCUGGCACUGCCUUUUGUAUAGUGUACCCAGUAUAACUAAGGAAGAAACAUUAAAACUGUUUAACUGUUUUAACAUAUAUUCAAGAAUUAUGAUUUGUAAAGAAUUGAGCCACUUUGAACAAAAUUUAAUCUGACUGAGAAUAAACUCACGACAUCUUAGAAUGCCUCAGGACUGUUAUUAUAAGUAGUAUAUUGGUUAUUGAACACUAUUCUAGAGAAAGAACUAUUCCAGCUGGUUUAACUUUUGGAAAAUGUGGAUUUGGGGUAAAUAGUACUUGUAUUACUCGUGAACAUAUUAGGAAAUUGAGCUAAAGUGUGUAGAGUAGCUGCAUCUAGAUCUACAUUGUGGUUAUUUUCCCUACAUACUGAGUAUGGGUUUUCUCCACCACUGGGAACAUUUGGUCAGCAUCGGUUGAUUUUGGUAAUGUAUGUUCUCUCUCUGCCAAAGUCUGAAAAUCUGACUUUAGAAGCUUCCUUCUUCUAAGUUCCAGAAGUCAGUAAUAUGGCAGUCCAUCCUGUCUUUUCCCAUCGACUGCAGUCUCUGAUGUCUUCAGCUCCUUCUCGCUAUCCGAUAAUGUCUCUUGGCCAGUAGUUCUUCCUGUUUUCUAGAAACCCAACUGUUCUGCUCCAUCCUCCUUUCACUCUUUUUCUUCAUACUAUGACCAUUUUUUUUCACCUCUGAUUAGGAGUCACUGAGGUCGCCUUUUUGUCUACUGCUGCAGCCAGUUGACAGGCAGACCUGACCUAUCAGAAUUAGGAACAGCAAGAUGUCGUAUACCAGUUCUGAUCUCUGCGACUGCCCUAUAUGUUAUCCAGGGAUCAGAUUAAACUACAGGUAAUAAGUCUUUAUGCACCAACCAGAUAGAUUAGAGAAAGGCUCAUUACUGAAAAAGCAUUGUUCUUGAAAUUUGAAAUGUUCUUAAUCAGGCUUCCCAGUGAUCUGAAUAUUCUGCCAGCACCUCAGACAUUUCAUGUGAGCUAUCCUAUUUGGAUAUUUACCAUGGUGAAUGCCCCUUCAGAAUUUAGUAACUGGGCAGCAGCUGAUUAUCUUUGUAUAGUGCCCGUGCUGGAGCUGCUCCAGAUGAGGAAAAUGAAGCAGGCCUCCUACUUUGGUGAGGUGGAUGGGCCCCAGGCUGUGCUGCCUCUUCACUUCCUGACACCUAGCAGUGGGCAUUGCUAAUAGAUGUUGCUAUAAGACACAAAGAUCUAGGGCCUCCCUGCUGGUUAAAUCUUAGUUUGAUCACCACUAUGGCCCGAGUUCCAUACCUGGCCAGAGAGCUGACCCACAUGGCACAGCAGACCUGUCUUGUCUCCCCACUCCUACCCUCAGCAGUGUAUUUCAGUAGAUCUACCUGUUCUGCUCCCCUCUGUGUCUCUGGUGAAUCCUCUCACCCCCCACACCUCUGGCCUGCACCCCACUUCUAUACACACACACACACACACAAAACCCAAACACAAAGAUCUAUACGUUGUUUUAGCUCCCAUAGGUCUAUCUGUCAACCAAAGUCAUCCUCAGGUCUUGUCUCCGGACUUUCAGCCUUCUUUGCAGGCCACUUGUGUAGGCAAGUUGUUUGCCAUGGCUCAGGAGGCUGUGAAAUCCUUAGGUCACUUCUCACUCCACACGCAACUGGUGCCAGACAGAUUGCUUCUGCUCUGCUCACCGGAUUUCCCUUCAUGCUGGUCUGUAGGGCCACUCCUUAGUAAAACCACAGGAUUGUGUGUGUUUUCUAUGAUGGUAAUGAAAUAACACAAAGAGGUACUUUUUUAAAACAAUAUAACUUUAUAUAGAUUCAAAUUUUAACAUGGUCUGACUGGUCUAAAAUCAAGGUGAUAGCCCCAGUUUGUUCCCUUGUGAAGUUCUUAGAAUCAGAUUCCCUGCCUUUUCUAGCCUCCAGAGGCUGUAUUGCCACUAUCCCAAUAAUGUUCAAGUUACAGAACUAUUGCAAUAAGCUAUAUACUUCUACCCAUGAGAAGUGAGACUCAUAGUAAUUGUCAUGCUACAUCAUGUGGGGUGGCCAUUACUGCACUUCUUACCAGGCUCCCUUUCUUACCAUCCGAAGAAUGGCCUUUUUUGGAAUCCCAUACUGAAAGCACAGUUCCUAGGGCCACUUCCAUACCAACUGUCAUAAUUUGGAUUUCCCCCAGAAACAGCCCACGACAAGCAUUUGGGGGCAGAUAGCUCAUGCAAGGAGGUGACUGGAGGGAGUAGAAUCGAACACUAGUUGCACAGUAAAAGAUCAGACAUGAUUAAUAACUGUCCAGUCUCAGAAGGUGGAAGCAACCAGGCUUGGCUCCAGAAUCACUCCUCAACAGUUUGGGGUUAGUCUGAGCCCAUGCAAUGUUUUAUAAAAACAUGGCCAUUCCUGAUUGCUAAAUUUUGUUUCUUUGAAGUUUCUUGUAAUGAGAACUCUAGUGGUAGUUGGUAGAACUAAAUGUCAAAUAUAUAGUCCAUACAGACAUUUUUUUUUUAAGAUUUAUUUUUUUAUGCAUACAAGAAUUGGGGUGCAGGCCAGGGGUGGGUGGUGAGAGGAUUCACCAGACAGAGUGAGGAGCAGAACAGGUGGAUCUACUGAAAUACACUGCUGAGGGGAGCAGCAGGAAAGGUCAGCUGUGCCAUGUGGGUCAGCUCCCUGCCUGGGGAUUGAACUUGUGCUGCAGUGGCUGGCAAUAGCUUGAUAGUCAUAUCUUUAACUCCUGCACCAUGGGGGAGGCCCCAUGAACACAUUUUUAUCACAUGGCAAUACAAUGGAAUCAAUCCUGUAGGAGUGUUUCCUCCCACUCCGUUACUGCUCUAAGAUCGCCCGAGGAAGGUGGCUCAGCGCUAGGGGUGGUGUGUGUGAGCUUCCCGGCUCUUCCUCCUUCCUUCUCUUUUUCGGACCCGCCUCUCCCAGCCCCUCCCUGCUAAAAGAGCAUGAGAACCAUCGAGUUGACUAAACCUCCAAAGCCCCAGAGGGACCGAAAGCGAGGGGCGGGGGGUUGGUUACUCCCCAAGCAGGGGUCUUGCCGGAAAUGAUCGUGGAGCCAUUGUUUGUGCUUGUCAGGCAGCCACGCCCGCAGACAGAAAGCCAGUUUGUCCUGCACUUUGAGUGCCCCGAGGCAUGUAGAAAAGGGGGUGCUGGCCUGUGGUGCUGUCCGGCCGGGGUCUGACGGGGUGGGGUUGAGGCCUGUGCUUUCAGUGCCAGCGGGCCCCGCCCACCCAUGUGGUUGCUGCGGGUGCCUUUGUGCCCGAGCUCUGGGCUGCUUAGGAGACCCCUGGGUUUUAUUGAUGAAUUUUUGCUGGCCAAGGCCCCAUCUCCACCCGAACUGAGUUGAGAGUUAGGGCCUGCAUUUUAAAUAUUGAGGUUGAGCCCAGUGGUGGGUCGAGUCAUUUAAAUCAUAAUUAUCAAGAUUCUGAAAUAGCAAAAUCCAACCUGUGACGAGAAAGUCCUAAAGCCAAAUCUGGACCAACUGGGACCGGUUUCAAGACUUUCAGGACUCCUACCUGUCAGAUGUUCAUGGUUAUAAAAAUUAGCUCCUAAAACUUGUGUUAGUAUGCUUAUUUAAAGCCAUAAUUUUUUUCUAAUUUAAUGCAUGCUGACUUUAAAUUAGUAGCAAGGAAAUAGCGUUACAAAGUAAACACCCAUCAUAAUUUUAUACUUAAUAUUUGCUGCUGACUCUUAAAUUUUUUUUAGUAUAAUCUAUAUUAUAUAUAUACAUAGAUAGACGUGUAUGCCAGUGAUUGUGCUAAUGUACUGGGAUAAUGGGAUUAUGCUGUUCUGGACUCUGCAUUUUCGAAAUAUAACUGUAUCUUGGGCCUUUUUCCAUGUCAAUGAAUACGUAAGAACCAAACAUUCUGAUGAUCACAGGGUUUAUUUAGGUAUCUUAUGGUUAAUAUUUGGAAUUUUCUAAUUAUUAAAAACACCAAUUUGUACAUGGUUCUUUGCAGGCUUAUAGAAAGAAGCAUUUCUGUAUGACAAAUUCCUAGAAGUGGAGUUGCUUUAAAUAGUGUACACUUUUGUGUUGCCAAAUUGCCUUCCAAAAUAUUGAGUCAAUUUACACUCCCUCCACAAGUGGCUUGUGCUUAGAAAAGCAUCUUGUGCUGAGAAAAGCCUUCCCCAUUCUAAAAUUAUUUAAAUUGUACACUAGUAAUUUUUAGUGACUUGUGUCCUUGUUUUUCAAAAUAUUGUGAAAUACAUUAUUGUCUUUUAUCUGUAUGCUUGAAAUAAAUGCCUACCACCUAUUUUUGCCAAACCUUUCCAGAUAAGAUUUACAAAGUAAUUAUUUGUGCAAUUCAGGGUACAAGUCAGCAGAUGCAGGAGCUUUGAAAGCAUUGUUUUUCAUCACUUCCUACUCACCAUGACUUCACUGAUAGUACAUCAGUUUCUUCCUACUAGUUGAUCUGAGCAUUAUUUUCAUGGGACCUUUUCAUCCAGCCAUCUAUACUAGGAUGAACCAGGCAGAAAUGGGAGGGAGGGGUUGCAGCAGUAUUUCAUGUUACUGGCUAAAUAAUUACAUCUUACUGAUUCCUUCUGACCCAGCCCCAGUAAUUUUGUGACUCCCUGUCUUUGCUUCCACUGUUCCCUUGGUUUGUGCUGCUCUUGCCUCCCCCCUCAAAUAGUGAAAUCAUGUUCACUAGGUGAAAUCGUCAUCUAGGAGUCCUUCUAUCACAGCCCCACCUUAGGCUACACUCCCCUUAUCCCAAUCAGAAAUGUCUUUUUAUCUUCCCUGACUACCAGACCCAGCUAAGAUCUGCUCUUCCAAAGACUUAUUUCUUAACAGACCUUUAGCUUCAUAAACUUAAGAUAGGAUUGUUUGCAAAUUCUUGAGAUUCUAAGCAUUUCCUUAUGUUGUCUCAAUGAGGUGGUAAAUUUUCUUGAUAGGAAACUAUAUACUUUUGCUUGCCCUUAUACCAUCUAGCACAGAUCUGGGAGCACAAUCAUUUGAUAAUGCUUGCUGGGGCCUCCCUGGUGGCACAAAAGGUGUAAGUCUCAGCACUAUGAACUAUCCACAGUCAUUGCAGCCCUCUCCUUUCUCGCCCGCUGCUCUCCUCAGCAGUGUAUUUCAGUCAAUCAGCCUGUUCUGUUCCCCACUUUGUCUGAUGAAUCCUCUCACCACCCUCCCCAGUUCUUGUAUGCAUACAUAAAUAAAUCUUUAAAAAAAAAAUAUGCUUGCUGACCCACUGCUAGAAAAGCCAGAGUAGGCGUGACUACUAAGCCCUUGACCUCAGUGUCCUCAUCUGUAAAAUGCUCAGGCAUCCUGGAUCCUAUUAAGGCCUCUGAAGGUCCAGGUGGUGGGAGACCUGCAUUCCCAGGUAAGAGACUUGAAUGGCUAUUUUGUCUGACCCCCAGCUGGCUAUAUUGUCUGAUGCAGCUGCAGCACCGAUGUCCUCUGGAAUUCCAGACCCCUAAAAGGAAACCUUAUGUAAUUAUGCUGUGGGGAAGUCAGUUAAGCCCAGCUAGGCUCUUAGAGGGCAUAUCAGAGCCAUAGACUCUGGAACACUUUAGGACCUUAACAUCUAAGCUGGGAGAAAAGAUGUGAAUGACACUUAAGAGAAAAUGCAAGAUGGUACAGACUUGUGAGAUACCUGAAAGCAGAUCCCACCUGUCUGGCGGGAAACCACUAAGAUCUCUGGCUGUAACAUUUCAGUUUAGUUCCUGUUUCUAUUAUUCUUAGCUAAUGACGUCUGUUCCUAGUUCUGUUAUCACAAAGUCCAGUAUCUAAAAAUAAAUGCAAAUUAUUUGCAAGUUUUGCCUUUAAUGGUCUUUUCAAGGCCUGAGCAUUUGGGAGAAGCUGGCAGAGAAUGUCAAUGAGCAGCCCCCAGAUUGAACUUCUGGAGAACAGGAAUCAUUUCAUGUAUCUUUGGACCCCACCACAGGGCUGUGCCCUGCUCUAUAGAAAAAUUAGUGGCUGUGUGCUUACGUGAUCACAUGUGGCUGUGUAACAGGUGAAGUCUGUGGGUGUACAUGUACAUUUGUCACCAGUGGCCAGGCCUUGAAGAUUGUGCCUGGCCUGUUAAACUUCCAGGAGGAAAUGCCACUAAACCUCAUUAGUUCAGUUCUUCCAGAAACACCUUCAUGAAGCCCUGUAUGUCUUUCUGGCAUUCAUGAAGGAUCAGAAACUAGAAACCAGAAAAUGUUACUUGAAGGUAUCCAAAUCUGAUGAAGAGCUGCUGUCUAGGCCAGUGCUAGGGUCACAGGAAUAGAGAAGGUAGGAUGGGCUAGACAUGCUGACAUACUAUAGGAGGGAUGGAGACGCAAGCCAUGCAAUCCACAGGUUUUUGGCUUGGCUGGCUGGGAAGCUGGUGAUUCCAGUAACUAAAGCAGGGAAGACACAAGGUCAAAGGGGCAGAAAAGGGGCUGAUCCUUCAUGUAGUGACUUCUUCACCUAGUAAUUUUACCUGUUUUAAGGUCUUUUCCAGAGCUAUCCAUGAACCUCCACAUAGAUGGCCAUGCUCACCCCCACCCCAAACUGUCCUACCUGGAGCCUUCUCUCUUUUACUACAGAUCACAUCCUCCUAAUGUGAGCCCAAACUGAUCUCCAGGAAGUUUUCUCCAAUCACUUUUCCUUGACCAUUUCUUUCUUCUUUGUGUAAACAGUUAGGCUCUCUCCUCAGAAGUCAUUUUACAGGUCUGCCCUGGGUCUAAGAAGCAGGCACUACUACUAAGUGGCCUAGUGAGUCUAUUAUGGAUAGUUCAUGGACUACAGUUUUGUGAAAUUAAGUCACCUGUAAAUAUGUAGUGAUACCAAAGAGCACAAUUUUGUUAAGUUUCAUUCUAGCUUUAAGAAAUUGCAAACUACUAGGUGGUCAAUUACAGUAUGAUUCAAAAAUUUUCAGAGACCAAAGUUCCAGAUCAUGCUCUCAUUAGGUUUUCAUAACCAUAACAUCCUCCAUUAGCAGUAAAAAAAUACAGUCUAAAUGUACCCAUUGCCACCCAACAUCCAAGUACACGCUUGUCAGGGGCCCCAUACCCUAUACUGUUCUAGUUUUGGUCUCUGCCUUAAGUAUCAUUCUGUGCAGAAUGAUAUGCAGCACAUAAAAUCCCACAUGUGAUUAUGAAGGUGGGAGAGACUGUGAGGAUGACUGUGGAGUCUGGCAGUACUAGAGGAAUACGAUGGAGUCCUGAGGGAAAGAGAAAUCACAUUUGAGUAAGAGAGCAAUGGUUGUGUGUAAAGAUUCCAUCGACAACCAGUUUCCUGUUUAAACUGAAAUUAAUUUGGCCCCUGCACAAAAACACAAUCUUUCCUUCUGAAAAACUAUUUUGUUUAAUAGUGCACUUCGUUUAUGCUACAGGAUGAGCAGGAUUGGAAAAACAUAAUGAGAGGUCAUCCCCUCAGUUGGGAAAAUUCGGGGAGCUCCAGCCUAAUUGAGCAAGGAGCCCUGAUACCAGCUGCAGGUCACGGCUUUCCUUUUCUGGGAUUUGCUCUGUUUGCAUUCAUACUCGGCCGUUGAAGAGUCAGAGGCAGGGUUAGGAGAGGUCUGGCUGCCAGGACCCAGUGUCAUUAGGUUAUAGGUGAGAGGGCAAGGCAAGCUGAGUGAACUCCUUAGGAGGAUUCUUACCAAGGGGUUUACAUUAAGCUGCUUUUCAUCACAGGAGUGGCAAAAGGGGAAGAGGAGGUGCCAAUGCUAACUACUUCUGAUCCUCUCCCUAAUGUUAUACUCAUGGAUUCGAUGGAUUUCCCAAAUAGUCCUAUCACAACAGAGGAGAGGUCCUCCAACAAAACUGCGCGACUGCUCUUGGAAAUGUAGUCUUGCUGCUCCAGGAGCCCUAAACAAUAAAAUCAUCACAGAUAACCUCUCUUGGGGUCUACCCUUGACUCCAAUAAAAUAACAAAUCCCUCAACACCAAGUCUUUAUAACCAAUAAAGUCAUGAAACAAAAUGCAUAUCCCUUAUCAAACCUUAAAAGCUGGAUUAGGAACAGACUCCAUUUGAAAUACAACCUCCAUUCCCCCUCCACAGCAAGUAACAGGUCCCAGAAUGUUGUUUCCACUGUCUUUCUGUGCUGACUGUACUGACUCCAGCUACAGGAAUCCUUGGAAUUUUAUUCCUACUGUGCUUCCAACCCCACCGUGGGAAGGAUCCUCUGGUCUAGUGCAAACUCCCUUCCAAGAUGGAAGGGGGUUGGUCCCAGAGCUUCCCUCUACUCCCAGCACUUGAUAUGCAACUUGCCUCUCAAUUUUUCAAGCUGGUACCAUUCCUGGGAAAAUUGACUAGGUUGCUAAUCAGUAUACCAGCACGAAUUGCCCAGUAUGCCCCAUUCUCUAAAGUGAAGGGUUUGAGCUGGAAGGACACAUCCUAAGUUGUUCAUCCUUGUAUAGUAAGGCAGGAGCUCUUUAGACUCAGAGGAAAUGAGGAAAAUAGGUAUGUGGCUCUCUUUCAUGUAGACUCUCUGAUAUUUAAUUCAGCAGAGACCCUGAGAGAACUUUUGCUCAUGCCCAUUACAUUCAAAGGCUUCUCUCCAGUGUGAAUUCUCUGAUGGCGAACAAGAGCUGAGCUGUACCUAAAGGCUUUCCCACACUCACUACAUUCAUAGGGAUUCUCCCCUGUGUGGAUUCUUUGAUGCUGAAUAAGGCCUGAACUAUAGGUAAACUUCCCUCCACAUUCCAUACAUUCAUAGGGUUUCUCUCCAGUGUGGAUUCUCUGGUGUUGAUAGAGGUGUGAGCUCUGGCUGAAGGCCUUCCCACACUCAUUACAUUCAUAGGGCUUUUCUCCAGUGUGGAUUCUCUGGUGAUGAAUAAGAGUGGAGCUCCGACUAAAGGCCUUCCCACAUUCAUUACAAGCAUAUGGUUUCUCUCCAGUGUGGAUUCUCUGAUGGUGCGUAAGGGUGGAGCUCCAGCUAAAAGUUUUUCCACACUCAUUACAUUCGUAAGGUUUCUCCCCAGUGUGGAUCCUCCGAUGCAGAAUGAGAGCAGAGCUGCAACUGAAGGUCUUCCCACAGUCGUUACAUUCAUAGGGCUUUUCUCCAGUGUGGAUUCUCUGAUGCUGGAUGAGGUGUGAGCUCUGGCUGAAGGCCUUCCCACACUCACUACAUUCAUAGGGUUUUUCCCCAGUGUGGAUUCUCUGAUGUUGAAUAAGGUCUGAAGUUCGAUUAAAGCUCUUGCUACAUUCAUCACAUUUGUGGGGUCUGUCUCCCACAGGAUGUCUCUGAUGUGAAAUAAGGUUGGGACUCACAGUGAAGCUGUUCCCAAAAUCAUAUUUCUCACUUCUCUCCCCCAUGGAUGUGAGCUUUUUCUCAACUGUCACUGGACCAUAACCUGGUAUCUUCCUAUUCAGUCUUUCCCCAGAGGAGUUCCCCAGCUUCCUCUUUAGACUGACUUCUUGUUCAUAGGCUUCUUCAAACUUAAGACCCUUAGAAAUGUCCUUUUGGAAUCUUCUCAAUAGCACCCCAUGUGAUCCUGCAUCUUCAGAAAUGUCUUGAUCAUGCUCAGUUCUGGUCUCACCAUCUAGCACAAUACAAAAUACAAACAUCACCUGCUCCUUGUGGAAGACAAAAAGUCAAAACCAGAGCAGGAAAACCAUGUAACUAAUGUUUAAUGGGCAAAUCCACACGCUUCUUAUCUAUCUGCAUGCAAAGAGGCUGCCUAAGCUGUGUGCACCUAAGGCAGAGUGAGAGAACUGCAUUGAAGAAAUAGGAGGGGAGAAAGGAGGCAAAAUCCAGGUUAAAAGAACGAGGGUAUAGAGAAAGCUGGGUAUGUAAGGAGAGGAGGAUGGAUCAGGGAGAGGCAGGGAACCAAAAAUGGAAGAGAAAGGACAUGUUUGAUGAAGCAACAAAGUCCUCAGAGAGGCCAGAGAAUAGAGAUAUUGCUGGGGAGAUGAUGAUUGCCACUGCAGCUGAAAAAUGACAACAGAAAGCAAAUACAAGAAAAUAAGCAUAGACAGGUGUUGACAGAAGUGGGGAAGGGAGCAGAGCAGGAGGAAGUAAUCAGGUGAAGCCAUAGCGAGCCCUAAGGCCCCAGGCAAAAGGAGCAAUCACAUGUGCAGUCAGUCAUGUGGGCCCAAUCUGGGGAUGUGGCGCGUGACAGCUGCUCGUCUCCGGGCCCGGGCUAUGCUGAGACAUGAGCAUGUGUAUUAACUUUCAUGCCUGACCUUUCUGUCUCCAUGUCUUUGGGGUUUUUUUCCAACAUUUAAUUUUUGGGAUUGGCUUUGGGUUUCUAAAGGGAACUUUAGGCAGAGAACAUAACUGUGAAUUGUUCAGAGAGUGAAUGUAUUUAGUUUGUCAGUAUUUUAAAGAUAAAGACAGGCCAAUGAGAGUAAGGAACAGAGAUAGCCAUUUUCCCCUCACCUGAACAGGCACCUGUCAGUUCUCAUCUCCCUUCAAACCCAGGACCCUCGGCUCUUCCUUUCACUUGAUCACUCCAGUUAAGAGAUCAGAUCAAAAUUCAAAAUGAGAAGCCUGCUCAUGGGGAAAGACAUGGAACAAGGAGGUUUAUCCUGCUUAUACCAAGCAGUCCAGGCCUCAAUUCCAGACCCAAGAUCUGCAGGGGACAGAAAGGAAAUGCACAGGAGGCCUCAAAGGGAGUUAGAAAGACCCGCUGGUACUGCACAGGAAAAAGUUCUCAGUGAGGGCCUCCCUGGUGGCCUGUUUCCGGUAAAUCCUCUCACCACCCUCUCCAACACUGCACUUCUGGCCUAAACCCCUGUUCUUCUAUGCAAAAAAGUAAGU